AUGUAUUGGCUGCCCGCAGAUGAGAACGGGAAGAUAUCACUCAAUGAACUACAACUAGAUAUCGUUGGUUUCCUCGCCAUCUUGGGCGAGGGUUCCGUGCUCGCCAAUGCUCAGGUCUCGACGCUUUCGAAAUGGAUAUUCCUACCACGGUUGAUCCCGGCACCUCAAGCCCUGAUGAGGCCGACGAGACCAUUUCAACUAGAGCCAUCCCGGGGUCACGUAACCGGCAUCGUCUCGGGGAACCACAGGGAUCACAUCAAUCAUAUUGGAAACAUCGUCUGUGACGCGAACAACCUGAAGCCCUUCUCCGUACGGGUUGUCGAAAUCAAACGCGUCCACGACCGACCGCUCAAGGCCAAGACCUUUGGCCCGCUCACAAUCGUAAACUUCAUCGGCUUCGCCCUCUCUGCUCUCCUCCUUGCGCUAUCGAUAUGGCAGGACGAUGGCAUGUCGGUGGUAGCGACGGUACUCCUCUCGCUUCUUUCCAGUCUGAUCGGACUGGGUAACAAGUGGGAACUGGAACUGCCCUCGCGGAAAUACAAAAAGACACCCGUACCAGGGGGAGACGUUGUCAUUCGAUAUCCAAAGGGGUCUUUCCUGAUCGUGCGUUGUGAGGAGGACGUGGCCCGAGAACUCUACUUUGCACCGGAGAACAUCAACUACCUCUUGACGCACGGUCCGGCAUACCGGAUUCUGAGUUUAGUGGGCACUAUGAUGCUCAUGGGAGGUGUCAUCUGUCUUGCCAAUGCUCAAAUUCAGGUUCAGAUCGCCUGGGCUGGUUCUUACAUGCUACUGGGCGCUUCGUACUGGGUUGUCGCUGCCUUGCACAGCAAGUUGCACUGGGACACCUCGUGUUAUGAAGUCAGAAACGAAUGCCUCUCUGACUCCGAUAUGGACAAGAAAGGAUACCCUUCGGAAAACGAGACGUUUACACAAGCUCUGUGGAGGGCCAUUUGUGUCAGCAAAGAGAUUGCAUGGGUUAAAAUGAGCGAUGCUUGUCCUGAUACCGAGGCCUGGCACGAAUGGCUCCUAGAGGCAAAGGCAUGUAGUGAAGACUUCCAAACGGUUGAAGACGAGGAGAAGUCGAGAGGCAAGACAAUGUGGGAGGUCCCCGAAUGGGACGCACAGGGUUCUCUGGGGAGACUGCUGGCUGAGCAUGCGGGACGCCAGAAAAAACUCAUUAGACAGAAGGUCGAGUCAGCUUGA